UAAAAGGAAAAUCACAAAAUAUGGAAUUUAGAAAGAACGAAGUUGUUUGAUACGCAAUGGUAGAAAGAAAUCAACCCUGGCGAAGAUAUUUCAAGCAGAGACGUUGCACAUACAUUGGAAAGGUCAUGACUUUAUCCAUGACUCUGGUCAGACGCCAGAUCUCGCUCUUGUCCAUAGAACACAUAAUUUCUGCUUUUCAUUUGAUAGAAAUUCGCUACGUUGACUAACAAAUAUUUUUCUUAUAACAAUUUUCGAGAGAAAUUCAUUAUUGAAUGAAAGUAAAAAUUUGCAUAAAUGGAGGGUGGAUGGGAUGAUGUAGGGCGGGUCUCCAAACCACAGCAACCUCCUCGUGGAACUAUGCCUUUCAGAUUCUGAAGUGUAUCACAUUGCAACUACAAUUUUACGGAACGAAAAUUAAUAAUAAUGAAUGCAUGAUACGAAUUUGAUGAACGAAGAAGAUGUUACGGAAACGCAACACACGAUUUGUAAAAUCGCCACAGACGAAUUAGUCGCGACUGCACGUGCCACUGUUACAAGAGUACUUACCGGAGCUUGUAACGCUAAAACAAUCGACGAUAAGUUGCAAGGUCUACAAAAGAGCUUUACCAAAGAAUUAGAGGAGAUCAAGGAGUUGCUCUACACUGUCUUAGAGAACAAGAAAGACUUACCCAGGCUGGCGAACGUGUACAAUAAUUAUCAGGAACACGAUGACUAUAACGAUGGUAAAAAUGAUAUUCAGUCUCCAAGGCAGCUGGAGAUUGAUAGCUUCAAUAAUACCAUCCAAGAUGUUUCAUCGACGAAUGGCUCUACGAGCUUCUUCUUUUAUUACUGGCAAAUAAAGAGUUUCGACGAGAAGUUAGCAAGGUGGAAAACCGCUCGUUCCGAACGUAGUUCAACGUUUUACGUGGGUCAAAAUGGAUACGCAAUGUACAUCAAAGUCACACCAAGGUAUUUUCCGGACGGUACAGUUUUCAUAGGUGUUGGUCUAACUCGUGGCCGUCACGAUUCCAUCCUUAAAUGGCCAUUUCCCCAUAAGAUUCGUUUGGAGGUUUUAGAUCAUUCAUUCGAACAACUGCGACAAGAUCGACGCUCCCGGAUCUGGGAUCCGUCUAUGCUUUGCUCGGAAUAUUUUUGGGGUCGUCCAAAAUUAACUGGAGAAUCGGAUAAUCCAGAAUGUGUUGGAUUAAGUAUCUCUCGGCAAGUUCUUUUUUCCAAGCCACCGUUCAAGAUCGAUCAAUCCUCGAGAAACACGAGAUAUCUUUGGAACGGUAGUAUCACGAUUAAACUAACAGUUUAUCUUUAAAUAAUUACUUAAUUUAUGCACCAAGUUUUAUCAUAUAUAUAUACUAAAGAAAAUUUCUUACAUUAAUUUUACAAUCAUUUGAUGAUAUAAUUCAUUCGGUUAGCACAAAUGACACGUUUUUUACUACUGUUCUAUUAUUAAUCUUUAUUUCAGUUCUGGUGAAUGUACAAGAAACUUGAUCAAAUAUAUAUUCAGCUAUGUCUUCUGUCGUUUAAA